UACCCCGGGUCUCGAGGACAGCGGCUGAACUGUCAGUUGCGCGUCGGUGUGGAGAGUUACCGCGGUGCCGUGAACCCCUUUCCCACGGGUGAUCGCGAAUGCUUUUUUUUUUAUUUUUUAAGCAGAGGGGCUCUGUCGCACACGCGGUCAUUAUAAAUAGAAAACCACGGAGAAUGUGACGACAGCAGGAGUGGACUACCGAGGAAGACUACCGAGGCAGCAGACUGAGCCUUGAAUGCAAAUGGGAGUAGUGAUCUGAGUUGGCAGCAGAAGGGCUAGAAAUUAUCUAUUUUUUUGCUGCGCCUAGUUUGAGUUUUACUUUUGUUUUGGGGCUUUCAGACCGUCUAUUUGUAUAGCUGUAACUUUUGACUUUUUUAUUUAUUAUUAUUUUAGGGGAUCGGUUUAGCCCUUUAGUGUAAGUGACUGAUAAGCUGUGUGUAGGCCUGUGUUACGGUGUGAUAUUACUUACGAUUGACAAGCUACACCCGACAUCAGGACAACCCUAAAGCACUCGAUCCAGCCGACUCUCGGUCGAUAGAAAGACCCUAACUUCCUGCCCAGCUUGUCUGGUGCAAACGGAAAACUCUCUCUCCUCUCUUCGUUUUUUUAGGGCUGAUUAAACCAGCCGCGGGGAAGGUCUUGGGUGACACAUGUGAUUGUAAUGACCCUCCUACCCUUCUCACAGAAAUGAUACAAUGAUAUGUGAGCGGAUUGUAGGUGUGUGUGAGCCAGCUGCAGUGUUACAUUGUGGCAGAGGAAGGUUUCUCUGUGGCUCGGUGCACGGCUACUUCCUGGUACAACAGAGAGAGGCAGUGCUGAGUUAAAACACCAAAUAGACACAUACUGAGAAGAGGGAAGGAACGAGAGAAACACUUGGCCUGUUUCCAGAAAUCUAAACCUUCGUUAUCUUGUGUAUUUCUCUGUUAUUUCAACGAUUCGAGUGAUUUUGAAGGGGCGAAUGAAGAAUUAGUUUUGGAUGCCGAAGGAAGGUCCCGUUGGUUGCGGGUAAAAAGGAAUCGUAACGGGGAGGAAGGAACAUAGCCCUCCCAACGGCGGACAAGCGUCGCACAGAUUUUCUUUCACACCAUUGUUUUUUAAAAAUACAUUUAUUAUUAUAACAUCUUCGUGUAUUUAAUAUUUUUGAGAGACGAGGUUAGUUAACGGAAGAUAUGGGUUGUUUGGGCAACAGCAAGACUGAAGAUCAACGCAUCGACGAAAAGGCACAACGAGAGGCGAAUAAAAAAAUAGAAAAACUGUUGCAAAAAGAAAGACAAGCAUAUAAAGCGACGCACCGGCUGUUAUUAUUGGGUGCUGGAGAGUCCGGGAAAAGUACUAUUGUGAAGCAGAUGAGGAUUCUACACGUCAAUGGUUUUAACGCAGAAGAAAAGAAACAGAAAAUACAAGAUAUUCGGAAAAACGUGAAGGACGCGAUAGUGACGAUAGUGUCAGCCAUGAGCACCUUGAUACCCCCAGUCUCUCUCGCCAACCCCGAAGACCAGUUCAGAAUCGAAUACAUCAAAAGCAUAGCUCCUCUCUCGGACUUUGACUACACACAGGAGUUCUUUGAUCAUGCCAAGAAGCUGUGGGAUGACGAGGGAGUGAAGGCGUGCUUCGAGAGAUCCAACGAGUACCAGCUCAUCGACUGUGCACAAUAUUUCCUGGACAGAAUUGACUCAGUAAGACAAGGAGACUACACUCCCACAGACCAGGACCUGCUACGAUGCAGAGUGUUAACUUCAGGGAUAUUCGAGACGCGAUUCCAAGUAGACAAAGUCAACUUUCAUAUGUUUGAUGUAGGUGGCCAGAGAGAUGAGAGGAGAAAAUGGAUCCAAUGCUUUAAUGAUGUGACUGCUAUCAUCUUUGUGGUUGCCAGCAGCAGCUACAACAUGGUCAUACGAGAGGACAACAACACCAACAGGCUACGGGAAGCCCUGGAUCUCUUCCGCAGUAUCUGGAAUAACAGGUGGUUACGCACCAUAUCGGUCAUAUUGUUUCUGAACAAGCAGGACAUGUUGGCUGAGAAGGUAUUAGCUGGAAAAUCCAAAAUCGAAGACUACUUUCCGGAAUAUUCUCGCUACACCAUACCCAACGAAGCGACUCCUGAACCUGGUGAAGACCCAAAAGUAACAAGAGCUAAGUUCUUCAUCCGAGACGAGUUCCUGAGGAUCAGCACUGCCAGUGGAGAUGGCAGACACUACUGCUACCCCCACUUCACCUGUGCUGUGGACACGGAGAACAUCAGGAGAGUCUUCAACGACUGUCGCGAUAUCAUUCAGAGGAUGCAUCUGAGGCAGUACGAACUCUUGUGAUGGGAUGGACAGACACACACACACACACACAGUACAGACGCAAACACACACACACACACAGUACAGACGCAAACACACACACACACAGUACAGACGCAAACACACACACACACAGUACAGACGCAAACACACACACACACAGUACAGACGCAAACACACACACAGCUCCGUCAAGCCUUCUGGGAUUUUAUUCAACCAUUCUGCAUCCUCAACCCAAAAAACCAACCCGACCCUGUCCCCCCCCCCCCCGCCCCUCUAUGAAGUACUACUGAAGUCUGUCAUCCUAUUUGUCCUCUUUUUGAAAAACGUGUCCUUUAGUUGGAGACUGUUUCAUCCCUCCUUGUCACUGAUAGGAAGGAAAACAACACGUUUUGGCUGUUUGUCUUUUUCUCUCUUGAAUGCCUUGAUUUGAUUUGUACCAUUCCACUAAGCCUGAGGCUGACUCCUCCUCCUUCUCACAUUCUGUUCUGUCAUUGGACUGGACUGAACUGGGCUGGAACUGGACUAGACCGGACUGGACUAGACUGGGUAGCUGGGCAGGUGGUGAUGUUUGGAUGUGAGAAGAAUACCCCCCCCCCCCCCCCCUACAAGACCUCAGUUUAGAGGCAGUGUCAGUGUGUCUGUUUGAGAAGAGACCCCCUACAAGACCUCAGCAUAGAAGCAGUCACCUGCAAGUUGGAGCUGGCAUCACCCCCUGACCCCCCACCCCCCCCCCCCCAAAUGGAGCGAUCCUUCUACUUCUCCUCUCUGACAUGACAGACAACUUGAUGAUGGAGAGAGGGAGGAGGACGAGACAGACGAAGACAAAGAGAGAAUGCACUUUUGUAUCAGGUUGCUUAAUACCUUAUUUUUUGAGGAAGUAUAAACACAAUGUAGCAUCAAAAUAUUUAUAACUCUGUUUUACACUGUAUAGUGUUGCGAGUUGCAGGUGGAGUAAAGGAUGGAGAGACUCUGGCCUCUUGGUGUGUGAGGUCUUGAAGGACUGAUACAGAAUGGUGGUAGAGAGAAAGGAGAGGGGGGGGGACAAGUGCGAGCCAGAAAGGAAAGGAAUGAACGACUUAAUGAAGAAUGGAAAGGGGACUGAACUCUGCACCUUAACCUCUGUCGCUGCUUUCUGCCUCGCGAUGACCUCGCCCUUAAAGGAACAACAACCAUCCUUUCUAGAGUUGAAGUCAGAAGUUUACAUACACCUUAGCCAAACACAUUUAAACUCAGUUUUUCACAAUUCCUGACAUUUAAUCCCAGUAAAAGUUCCCCUAUCUUAGAUCAGUUAGGAUCACCACUUUAUUUUAAGAAUGUAAAAUGUCAGAAUGAUUUAUUUCAUAUUUUAUUUCUUUCAUCACAUUCUCAGUGGGUCAGAAGUUUACAUACACUCAAUUAGUACUUGGUAGCAUUGCCUUUAAAUUGUUUAACUCGGGGCAAACGUUUCGGGUAGCCUUCCACAAGCUUCUCACAAUAAGUUUGGUGAAUCUUGGCCCAUUCCUCCUGACAGAGCUGGUGUAACUCAGUCAGGUUUGUAGGCCUCCUUGCUUGCACUCACUUGUUCAGUUCUGCCCACAAUUGUUCUGUAGGAUUGAGGUCAGGGCUUUGUGAUGGCCACUCCAAUACCUGGACUUUGUUGUCCUUAAGCCAUUUUGUCACAACUUUGGAAGUAUGCUUGGGGUCAUUGUCCAUUUGGAAGACCCAUUUGCGACCAAGCUUUAACUUCCUGAUUGAUAUCUUGAGAUGUUGCUUCAAUAUAUCCACAAAAUUUUCCCUCCUCAUGAUGCCAUCUAUUUUAUGAAGUGCACCAGUCCCACCUGCAGCAAGGCACCCCCACAACAUGAUGCUGCCACCCCCGUGCUUCAGGUUGGGAUGGUGUUCUUCGGCUUGCAAGCCUCCCCCUUUUUCCUCCAAACAUAACGAUGGUCAUUAUGGCCAAACAGUUCUAUUUUUGUUUCAUCAGACCAGAGGACAUUUCUCCAACAAGUAUGAUCUUUGUCCCCAUGUGCAGUUGCAAACCGUAGUCUGGCUUUUUUAUGGUGGUUUGUAGCAGUGGCUUCUUCCUUGCUGAGCGGCCUUUCAGGUUAUGUCGAUAUAGGACUCGUUUUACUGUGGAUAUAGAUACUUUUGUACUUGUUUCCUCCAGCAUCUUCACAAGGUCCUUUGCUGCUGUUCUGGGAUUGAUUUGCACUUUUCGCACCAAAGUACGAUCUUCUCUAGGAGACAGAACGCGUCUCCUUCCUGAGCAGAAUGACGGCUGCGUGGUCCCAUGGUGUUUAUACUUGCGUACUAUUGUUUGUACAGAUGAACGUGGUACCUUCAGGCAUUUGGAAAUUGCUCCCAAGGAUGAACCAGACUUGUGGAGGUUUACAAAAAAAAUUCUGAGGUCUUGGCUGAUUUCUUUUGAUUUACCCAUGAUGUCAAGCAAAGAGGCACUGAGUUUGAAGGUAGGCCUUGAAAUACAUCCACAGGUGCACAUCAAAUUGACUCAAAUUAUGUUAAUUAGCCUAUCAGAAUCUUCAAAGCCAUGACAUAAUUUUCUGGAAUUUUCCAAGAUGUUUAAAGGCACAGUCAACUUAGUGUAGUAAACUUCUGACCCACUGGAAUUGUGAUACAGUGAAUUAUGAAGUGAAAUAAUCUGUCUGUAAACAAUUGUUGGAAAAAUUACUUGUGUCAUGCAGAAGGUAGAUGUCCCAACCUACUUGCCAAAACUAUAGUUUGUGAACAAGACAUUUGUGGAGUUGUUGAAAAACUAGUUUUAAUGACUCCAACCUAAGUGUAUGUAAACUUCCGACUUCAACUGUAUCUUCUAUAACAGAUGGGGGGACGCAUCUAUGACAGAGGAGGGGGGACACAUCUAUGACAGAGGAGGGGGGACACAUCUAUGACAGAGGAGGGGGGACACAUCUAUGACAGAGGAGGGGGGACACAUCUAUGACAGAGGAGGGGGGCGCAUCUAUGACAGGGGAGGGGGGGGGGCAUCUAUGACAGAGGAGGUGUGACACAUCUAUGACAGAGGAGGUGUGACACAUCUAUGACAGAGGAGGGGUGACACAUCUAUGACAGAGGAGGGGGGGCACAUCUAUGACAGAGGAGGGGGGGCACUUCUUCUUUGACAGAGGGCAGAGGGGCAAGAGAGAACAUGUAGUCAUUAUUGUUUUUUUCUUAAAAGACUGAACUGAACAAGGCUUCUUAUCCUGUACAGACUGUACAAUGUUAUAUUAUUUUGUACAACUACUUUAUUGAAAGAAAAACAAAUCUACUUGUAGAUUUUUGUGCCUUGAUUAUGGCUGUACCUGUACAUUGAGCUGGGAAUUAAGUAUGUUUUCUGACCCCUUGACCUGCGUUGUACAGCUUGAUGUCAACAACCCUCUCUAACAACAACACAUGCAGCGGUGACCGACUCUCUGCGGUGUUUUAGAGACUUUCUCUCUUUACAGGGUUUCUGCUUUAUAAAUAAAAAAAGAAUAGAAGGAAAUGUUGUUUAGUAAACACAAAACAAGAGGGAUUCCUAAAACCUGUAUACAUUAUGCAAACGAACCACUGACCUGCGCUGAGGAAGAUGCUGCAGCGAAUGAAAGCCAUGGCCGCGUCACAGAUCACAGCCUAUUCCCUAUAUAGUGCACUACUAUAGACCAGGACCAAUAGGACUCUAAAGUAGUGCCCUGUAUGGGAAGUAGGCUGCCAUAUGGGACUCAAACCAUGCCCACCCCCCUCCACACACAUACAGUUUCUCUCCUUUUUUAAAAUGUUUUAAUUCCACAGCUUUAAAGAGAGUUAAAAAACAACAACAAAAACAUCGGAGAUUCAUUGAAAGUGUCCAACAUUGCAACCUGGUGUUGUUGUUGUUUGAAUAGGAAGCAACUCUUUUUCAAUAUGAUGAAGUAUGUCUGAGAACCUGUACAUGUAUGAUGUCUGUGAGCGUGUGCCUAUAAGGAAGAUAGACUCACAGAGUCACAUUGUGUGUGAUGAUGAUGACGGAAGAGAGCGAGUGUAUGAGAGGAGAGAGAGUGAGUCACAUUGUGUGUGAUGAUGAUGAUGACGGAAGAGAGCGAGUGUAUGUACCUAAGUUGUUACCUUUUAUAAAUGUAUGUACAUGUAAAUUUAUAGGUCUAUAUAAAUAUAUAUGUACAAAGUA